UCAUCACUACACCAGCUAACAACUUUGAACGCAUUUCAUUUCUGUGAUCCUUUCUUGCAAUGGCGGCCUCUGCAAUGGCUCUCUCCUCUCCGUCGCUUGCCGGGAAGGCAGUGAAACUCACUCCCUCCUCCUCGGAGAUUGUCGGCAAUGGCAGAGUCAGCAUGAGGAAAUCCGCCGCCAAAUCUGUUUCUUCUGGAAGCCUAUGGUACGGACCUGACCGUGUCAAGUAUUUGGGUCCAUUCUCCGGCGAGUCUCCGUCCUACCUCACCGGGGAGUUCCCCGGUGACUAUGGCUGGGACACUGCCGGACUUUCUGCUGACCCUGAGACCUUCGCCAAGAACCGUGAGCUCGAAGUUAUCCACUCCAGGUGGGCUAUGCUCGGAGCAUUGGGGUGCGUGUUCCCGGAGCUUCUAUCCCGCAACGGCGUGAAGUUUGGGGAAGCGGUGUGGUUCAAGGCAGGUUCACAGAUCUUCAGCGAAGGUGGGCUCGACUACUUGGGGAACCCGAGCUUGAUCCACGCCCAAAGCAUUCUAGCCAUUUGGGCAUCGCAGGUGGUUCUGAUGGGGGCGGUGGAGGGAUACCGUAUUGCGGGUGGGCCAUUGGGGGAGGUGACGGAUCCGAUAUACCCGGGUGGGAGCUUUGACCCGUUGGGACUUGCAGAUGACCCGGAAGCCUUUGCAGAGCUGAAGGUGAAGGAGCUUAAGAAUGGAAGACUGGCCAUGUUCUCCAUGUUUGGCUUCUUCGUUCAGGCCAUCGUGACUGGAAAGGGCCCAUUGGAGAAUCUUGCCGAUCACCUUGCUGACCCAGUCAACAACAAUGCUUGGGCUUACGCCACCAACUUUGUCCCUGGAAAAUAAGCUAUAAUUGUUUGUUCCUAGAGUGCUUUCGAGAACGAAACGACUGCGCUUUGUUAAUUUUAGUUCUCCAUCUUUAAACCAAAAUCAAAUGAAAUAACAUGUGGUUCUAUAUCCAAA